GCGCUGGUAGAUUUCUCAUAGCACUCGUGGAUUGUUGUUGCGCAUUCGCCCACCGCCGCCCGCACGCUCGAAAAAAUGGAGCGAUCCACCGCCGUCAGCGAGCACAAAGCCGCGCAGAAGCCCAAGCUGUCCUUCAGCAUCGACGCCAUCCUCGGCAACGACGACAGCGGCAGCGUCCGCGCGCCCACGCCCUCGCCCGACCCCGAGUGCCGGCCCGCCUCCUCCUGCAGCGCCACCAGCGACGUGUCCUUCGCCAGCCACGACUCCGACAGGUCCGUGAGCCCUGCGGUGGCGCCCGCGGGAAGGCCCGUCCACAGCGCCAUGCCCGCCCAGUGGGUCCCCGCGCACCCGUACUUCCAGUUCGCCGUCCACGGAUCGCCGGCGCUCCCCAAGCUGCCCAGCUCGGUAGUUUUGCGCAAGCACAAAGCUAACCGGAAGCCGCGCACGCCCUUCACCUCGGAGCAGCUGCUGUCGCUCGAGAAGAAGUACCGCGAGAAGCAGUACCUGAGCAUCGCCGAGCGCGCCGAGUUCUCCGCCUCGCUCAGCCUGACGGAGACGCAGGUCAAGAUCUGGUUCCAGAACCGCCGCGCCAAGGACAAGCGCCUCAAGGAGGCCGAGAUCGAGCGCCAGAACCGCCCUCUGUACCCGACCUACGGCGGCCUCCUCCCCAUGGGCGGCCUCGUGCCCGCGCUGGCCCUCCAGAGACCCCUGGUGCCCCUCCUCGGGUAGAGCCCUGGAGAGACGCCCUUGCAAGUACCUGCAGCAGCACCAGACAGCCCCGGCGCCCCCGAGGCCUCCUCCUCCGUCGGCCUCCUAGUCACCCGCCGCCACGGGUCUGCACCAGCUGCCAUCCCCCUCUCCCCGUUGGUGACUCUCGACUGCACGCUCUGCCACGCCCCCGCGCAUGGCAGGAAUGUUGUUCACGCCCACAAACCUCUCACAGCCACGCCCAUUAUGGAUAUCUCAGUGGCCGCCCGCUGGAAGACGGAGAUAUAGACUGUGAUAAAAAAAAAUAUAUAUAUAUAAAAAAAUAAAUACUUUUUGUAAACAUCUAUAUUUUUUUUAAAAAUGUAAUUUGUUGGAUAUACGUGUGAAUAUAUAUAUAUAUACAGUAUUCAUAAUAAAAUAUACAGAUGAAUUUUAUGACCUGUUUCUAAUACCCAGUCUCAAAUAGAAGAGUUUUCUCUACGAUACAUGGCUGCUUUGAUAAGUUAGAAUAAAGUCCAAGAGAUAAAAAUGUACAUAAAACUGAUCCAAAACUAAUUGGAUGCGUUAAUAUGAAUGUUGACAAGCACUGGCAUGUCAUAAGGCUGUGCAAAGGUCUUCAACUAAUUGAAGCUGACAAACUUUUACGUUCAAAUAAUACAUGUUGGAUAAAAAAAAAAAAAAAAAAAAUACAGCAAAUAUAUUCCGCGUACAUGUACUAAAUCUUCAGAUUAUUAAAAAAAAGAUAGAAAUGAAAGGUGAAAUAAACGCAAAGGUGAA